AUGCACUCAUUAUUAUUACGCCUUGUCCUCUUCACCGUAUUUCUUUCUCCCUCUGACGCUGCGCAUCUUCAGUUCCAAGACUGCCAGGGUCGACCUCCACCCAAUACUAUCAUCUUUGAAGACCACUUUGUACCGAAUACACUUUACGGUUUUCUGGAAAAGCAAAAAGAUGAGACACAUCUCAGCUUUAGGCUCUUGGCCAAUUUUGAGACGUCAGCGGCUUGUGAGAGUGCCUUGGUCGACAAUGCCUCUGUCGAAUUGAGUUUAGGGGCUGUUGGUGGCACGAGGCGUUACAACAGCGACCACCAGAACGUGACUUGCAAGACAAUCAAGUACAAGCAGAUCAACCGGGAAGUUCAUCUGCAAUAUCUGGAUGUUUUGUUCAGGAUUGAUGAUCCUGCGCCGCUGGCGGCUUAUACAGUGGAACUCAACAUCGACGGCCCCGAGCAUUUCUCAGUCGCUUGUCUAAAAAGCUUCAUUACACCAGACAUUGGUUUGACUUUCCAGGGCAUCUCUUCCUGGGGACCGGCUUUGAUUUUUAUUUUGGUCAUUCUCGUUGCUGGAUGGCGAGAAUGGUAUGAUUUGGUGCAUCCGCAAGGCGACGAUGAAGAAAAUGACACACAAAGAAGCCAAGACAGGUCUCACUUGACGAGAAUCGCCGACUGUCUCACAUACCUCCAGUUCAUCUUCUUCUCAAGCUCCCUCACUCUCUAUCAACCAGGAUUUCUACAACCGGUCGUUACAGGAGUUAGUUGGUCGACUCUCAUGUUUCGCAAGGGUAUUCUAUGGAGGGAAUCGCUUUACUACGGCAUCAACGAUGGCAUUCAUGAGAUCAACGGUACCUUUGGCGGGACAACAGGCCUCGAGCAUAUGACCCAGGUUAUGGCUGCACCAAUUACAGUUUACACGUGGGCUAAUAUCGCCGCCCUUGCUUUUGUCAUUCUUCUUGGUCUUUACGGCAUCCUUCAAAUCGGCCUGCAUGUGAGAUGGACGCGAGAUUGGUUUAGUCGGUCCGGCACCUUGACCCUCGAAAGUUCCACGUUUGAGCGACAGAAAGCUACGGUCUGGGUUUCUCUAAGGGUGUUCCUCAGCUACCUUCUGUUCCCAUUGACUGCCUGGACGACAUAUCAACUCGACAGCGUAAGCGCACGACCACUAUACUACAUGUUUCUUGUGAUUUCUGUUGUCGCUCUUCUCAUCAUUGCAAGUUGGUGGGGAUUGGCAUCGAGAAGUCCACAGAACAUGGGCUAUCUGCUUAUUGACGACAUUCACAAGCAAGACACGGAUGGGGAGCCUUCCCGCACACAAGACUACUAUACCCUCGUUACUUUUAUACUCCUGUUCGCCCGCGGUGUUAUCGUUGGUGGAUUGCAGCGUUUUGGCACAGCACAAGUGUUCUCUCUAAUCGCAUGCGAAGUCAUACAACUUUGCUUUCUAGCAUGGGCCGGAGCAGCGCCUGGGUUGCUUUCUAAACCAUUUCUCAUGGCUGGUGCACGUCUUACUAUUCUUCUUCUUUGCAUGGGAAUGAUUCCUGAUAUUUGGAGUCAUACGGCAGCGAGUGUGCUUGGCUAUAUCAUUUUAAUCUUUCAUUCCAUCUUCAUCAUUGGCAUGUUCUUUGUUCCCUCGGCGUUGGAGUUUGGACGACUUACUGUUACUACUUAUCGCGAAUGGAAGAAUACUCCGCCUCCCGAGUCCUCGCGAGAACGGCCUCAGGUAUACGGUCUUCGACAACUGAGGAGACGUCCCACAAAUAGGACGAACCUCUCGGAAAGAGGCAUAGUCAAUUAUAGAAGCAGUCUAUCAUCUUCGGAACAUUCAUCCAACACCAACUCAUCAUCAAACACAUCAAACCGAGACUCAGAUCCCGUAUCACCUGAACUUCUCCGUACGUACUUCCGAUCUCCGAGACCGGAGCGAUCCAUAUCAAGUCUCUCCGAGAGAAACCAGCAAUUUCCGUCAUUCGAAAUUGCAAGGCCCAAACGAUCUAUCUCGAAUCACUCAGAGAGAGAUCCUAGGUCUACAUCUAGUCCGUCCAGCAGAAGUCGACGGUUCCCAUCACUCGAUAGGCCGGAGACUGUGUAUGAGAGUCCCGAUGAAAGGACGUCUGAAGGAUCCAGUAGAAGCGAGGAUAGUGGUGAAUUGGCAGAACCUCCGUCACCGUGGGAGAUGGUGUUACCCUUAGCCACCGAUGUGGAUUAUUCUGUGCGCGAAAUUGAUAGAUACUACGUUAGACCGCGAAGGGUGUCGUUUGGGAAUUCGGGUAAUGAUUCUGAUGAGUCGGCGGGCCAGGCUUCAAAAUGGUUUAAUAAGUUUAAGUUCUGGUCAUGA